AGAAAAUCUUACCAAAAUCUCCAUUUUCUUUCUUCUUUCUUUCUCUCUCUCUCUACACGCAAAAACUUUCCAUCUAUACCUUAAGAUAAUAGAUCUCAACAUCAUCAUAUAUCUUUUUUCUCCUGUCUCCAAGAGUACAUAUACAUAAACGCACAUACACACACACACGCAUAUAUAUAGACAGAUAUAGUUAUAGACAUUUACGUAUAUACUUGUGAUCUUCCUGGUUUGUGUAUUUUGAAGAUUGUUUGGGUUCUUUGGGGUUAAUGGGUUGCAUUUGAAAAGGGAAUUUCUGAAACAGUAUCUUUCAAAUUUUUAGAGGGUGGUGAGUUUUGGUUUAUUGAAGAAAAAUGGCAACAGAGCAUGUAUUGCCUUUCUCUGUGGUUUCUGUUGUGGAGGAAAUUCUUCAACAACAUGGGACUAAGACUUCUGGUACUAGAUCGAGACAAAUUGAUUUGGCUUCAAGGAAAGCUGAUGAAGCUUCCGUUAGAAGGUUCGAAGCAGCUGAAUGGCUUCGAAAAUUGAUUGGAGUUGUUGGGGCUAAAGAUUUGCCUGCAGAACCCUCAGAAGAAGAAUUCCUGCUCGGAUUGCGAAGUGGGAUAAUCUUGUGCACUGUCCUUAACAAGGUUCAACCUGGAGCAGUGCCAAAGGUGGUGGCAGGCCCUUGUGAUUCUGUGACAGUUACUGAUGGGGCAGCUCUAUCUGCAUUUCAGUACUUUGAAAAUGUGAGAAAUUUCCUUGUUGCUGUGGAGGAAAUGGGGCUUCCAACAUUUGAAGCCUCUGAUCUUGGUCAGGGAGGGAAAUCUGCUCGGGUAGUGAACUGUGUAUUAGCACUUAAAUCAUAUAGUGAGUGGAAACAAAGUGGUGGAAUUGGGACAUGGAAAUAUGGUGGAAGUUUAAAACCCCAACAACCCUUCACGAGAAAAGUUGCAGAACCUUUCCUGAAAACUGUUUCUCGGACCACAUCUUUGCCUAAUGGUGGUGAUCGCUCUUUAUAUGAUGAUCUUGAUGAAUCAAGUGCCUCUCGUUCGUUACAUAAGCUAGUCCAAGCAGUUAUUUCGAAUAAGAAGCAAGAAGAAAUACCAUAUGUUGUAGAAUCUAUGUUGAAUAAAGUCACGGAGGAGUUUGAGCGUCGACUCGUAAGCCAGCAAGAAAUGAUAAAAGCAACAGCAAAAGACUUGGUAGUAUCUAGCCCUGGCAUGUCUCUUGAAACAACUUCUAGUGAUACAAAGAUGGAGGAAGAAAUUUCUACUCCAAUCAAAGCAGAAGAAGCAUCUACAGAAAUCACAACAGAAGAAUACAGCAAUCAAGAGGAUGAUCAUCAUGAUGAAGAAUCAAAGGCCCAGCGUUUGAAGCAGCAAAUGAUGGUGGAACAGCAACACAUACAUAUUCAGGAACUUAAACAUACUCUUAACUCCACAAAAACAGGAAUGCAGUUUUUGCAGAUCAAGUAUCAGGAAGAGUUCAAGAAUUUAGGCAAGCGCUUGCAUGGCCUAGUUCAUGCUGCCACAGAAUACCAGAAAGUCUUUGAAGAAAAUCGCAAGUUAUACAAUCAAGUUCAGGAUCUCAAAGGAAAUAUUAGAGUAUACUGCCGAGUGAGACCCUUCUUGCCUGGGAAAUCGAGCCGUUUCAGUCCUGUGGAUCACAUUGAGGAGGGGAACAUUUCAAUAAUAACUCCUUCAAAGUAUGGCAAAGAAGGAAGAAAAUCAUUUAAUUUCAACAGAGUUUUCGGUCCUAUGGCAACUCAAGAGGAAGUAUUUUUAGACACUCAGCCUUUGAUUCGGUCGGUUCUUGAUGGUUACAAUGUUUGUAUAUUUGCUUAUGGCCAAACUGGAUCUGGGAAAACUUAUACUAUGAGUGGCCCAAUAGAACUUACAGAAGAGAGCCAAGGUGUAAACUACAGGGCAUUGAGUGAUCUAUUUCUUCUGUCAGAUGAAAGAAAGGCAAUUAUUAGCUAUGAAAUCUCUGUCCAGAUGCUAGAGAUUUACAAUGAGCAAGUGAGGGAUCUCCUAUCAAGUGAUAGUAUAAAUAAACGGUUAGAAAUUCGCAACAGUUCUCAGAAUGGGAUUAAUGUACCUGAUGCAACCCAGUUACAAGUAGCAUCAACAGCUGAUGUCAUAGAUCUGAUGAAACUUGGGCAUAGGAAUCGUGCAGUGAGUGCCACUGCUAUGAACGACCGGAGCAGUCGAUCUCAUAGCUGCCUGACAGUUCAUGUCCAAGGAACAAACUUAACAUCUGGAACUGUGAGUCGCGGUUCGAUGCAUCUAGUUGAUCUAGCAGGAAGUGAAAGGGUUGAUAAAUCUGAGGUGAUUGGAGAAAGAUUGAAGGAAGCACAAAAUAUCAACAAAUCUCUUUCUACUUUAGGAGAUGUGAUCUCUUCUCUUGCUCAGAAAAGUAAUCAUGUUCCUUACAGGAAUAGUAAACUCACUCAACUACUCCAGGAUUCACUUGGAGGGCAGGCCAAAACUCUCAUGUUUGUCCACAUAAGUCCUGAGCAUGAAGCCCUUGGUGAAACACUUAGUACACUUAAAUUUGCUGAAAGGGUUGCCACAGUUGAGCUUGGUGCUUCUCGAAUUAAUAAGGAUAGUUCUGAGGUGAAGGAGCUAAAAGAGCAGAUUGCUACUCUUAAGGCAGCCUUAGCUAGAAAGGAGGGAGAUUCAGAGCAUUCACAAAAUUCUCAAAGCAGCAGCCCAGAAAGACUAAGAAUGAAGCCAGGAAGUGGAGAUAGUAGUCGUAGGCAAUCACUGGAUUGUGUUAGUAAUAUACAGAUGAGAAGCAAUUCUUCAUCUCUCAUGAGAAGAAGAAGCUUAGAUAUCAAUGAUUUGCGAACAAAGUCACCUCCAUGGCCAGCAGUUGGGAGUCCUGCGCAGAACGACAAGGAGGAAGAUAAAGAAUCAGCCUGUGGUGACUGGGUAGAUAAGGUAAUGGUGAAUAAGCAUGAAAAUCUAAUAAGCGAAGAUCAUGAAAAUCUUCUGGGACAGUGGGAGCUAGACAGCAGACAAUUGCCUGAGCCAUUUUAUCAUGGUUAUCCUCGAGACCCUUCCAAGAAUAAGGACAACCAAGAAUUUGAUGCACAUAGUCGUAGGUCUGAUGUUAUAUCCACUGAUUCUGAUGAGCUUGAAGCUGGAACAAGUGAUUCAUCAGAGCCGGACCUGCUAUGGCAAUCUAAUCUUCCUAGAAUGAGGAGCCUUCCAAAUGGGUUGGUUUCUAAGCCAAAGAAGACUACUCCUAAGUCAAUCAAGAGACCAGAACACAAGAGUUUGAUUCCAUCACUAAUCCCUUCUCCUUCAAAGAAACCAAAUGGGGGAUUUAGUCCAGUGGGAAGCAAGCUUGGAAGAUAUCCAGUUGGUGCUGAUGCAAAAAGGAAAAUUGGCCAUGGGAAGUGAGAAUUCUACUAUGAGAUGCUGAAGGAGGUGGUGGCUUUAUGAUUUAUAUAUAUAUAUAUAGCCUUUGUGUAUUUACCAUUACUACACAGUGGUAGAGAGAAAGAGAGAGAGAGAGAAAAAGAAAGAGAGAGAAGCUCCAAAUGGUCUGUGGUGGUGAUUAGGAAAUGUAUGAAAUCCCAUGUUACUGGUUUCGAUUUGUUCAUAAUGGUUGUGUUCAUCUUGUGAAUUCCUUUUGCUUUUUUACUUCUUACAUCAAGAGAGGGGAGUUCAUUAUA